AUGAAUUUAUCAAAAGGUGAAAUUUCUGCACUACAGUCAAACACAGACAAUAUCAGGAACAUCUGUAUACUGGCCCAUGUCGACCAUGGCAAAACAACUCUUUCGGAUUCUUUGAUUGCAUCUAAUGGUAUAAUAUCGAAGAAGAUGGCAGGAAAAGUCAGGUAUUUGGACUCGAGACCAGAUGAACAGUUGAGAGGUAUCACUAUGGAAUCAUCUGCAAUUUCACUAUUUUUUAAAACAAUUAAUCAGAAUAAAGAGAUUUCGCAAUUUCUAAUAAACUUGAUUGACUCCCCCGGUCAUAUUGAUUUCUCUUCAGAAGUUUCAUCUGUUUCAAGGUUAUGUGAUGGUGCAAUUGUUUUAGUAGACGUAGUGGAAGGUGUUUGUUCUCAAACUAUAACAGUUUUAAGGCAAGCAUGGAUUGACAAUUUAAAACCUAUUCUUGUUUUGAAUAAAAUCGAUCGUUUGAUUUUAGAGUUACAGCUAUCAGCAGAAGAUGCAUAUGAUCAUUUACAGAGAUUGAUCGAUCAAACCAAUACAAUAAUGGCUUCAUUUUACCAAGGUGAUGUUAUUGGAACCCAUUACAACUGGGAUGGCACUGCUGACACCUGGAUUGAACAUAAUGAUGAUGACAUCUACUUUGAUCCAAAUUUACAAAAUGUUAUAUUCACCUCCGCAUAUGAUGGUUGGGGAUUCAAUUUGAAUCAGUUUGCUUCAAUUUUAUCGAAAAAGACCCAAAUUGAUCAAUCUGAGUUUACUGGAAAAUUAUGGGGUAAUUUCACAAUCGACAUGAAGAAUAAAAAAAUGGUUGAAAUACCUAAGAAAUCUAAAGCCAAGCCUUUGUUCAUUUCUUUUAUUUUAGACUCUAUUUGGAAGAUUUACAACUCAGUCAGCGAUAGGGAUAUCGAUUCAAUUACAAAAAUUACAAACUCUCUAUCAAUCAAGAUAUCUGCUAAAGAACUCAAUUCAAAAGACUCUAAGCAAUUGAUUCAAUCAAUAAUGUCUCAAUUCUUACCCAUUUCUUCUUCUCUAUUGUCUGCUAUUAUUGAUAAACUGCCUUCCCCAUCAGUUUCACAGGAAACAAAAAUGAACUCUUUUUUGAAAUCGAUUCCUAACUCACAAUUGAUUGACGAUAAUUUGAAGGAUGGUUUAUUCCACUGUGACAAAAAUGGAAUAUCAUGUGGCUAUAUAUCUAAGAUGCUUUCUAUUCCUGGAUCAGAAAUGCCUGAAAACCAGCCGGCUGUUCUAUCCCAAGAUGAAAUAAUGGAAAGAGGUAGGCUUGCGAGAUUAAAAGCAGCUAAAGCUGCCGAAUUGGCAGCGAUGGCCGAUAGUGACAAUACCAGGGCACAAAAAGCUGAAUCUGACACAGAAGAAGCAGGUGUAGCAUCCGAGGAGUUUGAAUUUGAAGAUCCUUUUGAAUAUGAAGAGGAAGAAGAAGAAGAAGAAGAAGAAGAAGAAGAAGAAGAAACGAACCCCGAAGUUCUGAUUGCAUUCACUAGAAUUUUCUCGGGUACAGUCAAGAGGGGUGAUACGUUGUCUAUUCUUUCACCGCUCUACGAUGUUUCUAAGCCCGAUGACGAGGAAAAUAAAAAACAUAUCCAUUCAAUUGAAGUUGAUAAUCUAUACAUUUUGAUGGGUAGAGACAUGACGGCCGUGGACGCUGCACCAGCAGGCACGAUAAUAGGUAUUUCCUCAUCUUCAUUCAAGUCCAUUAUCCUCAAGUCCGGUACUAUAAUCGACCCUAACUAUUUUGAUAAGUGCAUCAAUUUUGCCCAAUCUUUGACAAUUAUUGAUGUCCCACCAAUUGUUCGUGUUACACUUGAGCCAGCCCAAUUAAGGAAUAUGGACAAGUUGUUAAAAGGUAUCAAGAGAUUGAACUUGGCGGAUCCUUGCGUCCGAGGUUAUAUGAAUGAGGUCGGUGAAGUUGUACUUGAAACUGCGGGUGAGUUACACCUAGAAAGAUGUGUUCGUGAUCUAGAAGACAGGUUUGCACAAGUUGCCAUCACUGUUGGUAAGCCAAUUGUUCCCUUCAGAGAAACUAUUUUGGAAAGUUAUGAAUUCGAAGUCUCUAUUAGUGGUUCAACGAUCAAGAUGCAAGUCAAACCUUGGGAUGGCUCAUCCAAUGGUGGUAGUGAAACAUUAUUGGAGUCUAAAAAGUACAAGGAUAUUCUCACGAAGAAUACUACUAUUGAUAUCACGUUGUUGGAUAGUACUUUAAAGAGUGGCUUUUCGUUAGCAAUUAAAGAAGGUCCUGUGAUUGCAGAACCAUUAGAAGGUGUUGAGGUUCACAUUGCUUCAAUUGAGAAGAAUGACAGUGUUGAAAAUCAUGAAAAUGGUCUCUCAAAGAUUAGAGAUUCAAUACAGAAUGCUAUAUUGAAGGCCUCCCCAAGAAUAAAACUUGCAAUGUAUGUCGUUGAUAUUCAAACAUCUGCGGAGCUGUUGGGUAAAGUCUACACUGUUAUUCAAAAACAACGAGGAUCCAUUAUAUCCGAAGAAAUGAAGGAGGGUACACCAUUCUUCACUGUGGAAGCUAAAUUACCAGUACUUACAUCGUUUGGCUUUAGUAAUGAGAUCAGGAAGAAGACAUCCGGUGGUGCUAUUCCUCAGCUUGUUUUUGAUGGAUUUGAGACAGUUGACGAAGAUCCGUUCUGGGUCCCUACAAACGAGGAGGAGAUUGAGGAAUUUGGUGAAACCGGUGAUAGAGAAAACUGGAUGAGGACAAUCAUGAACGAAGUUAGGAAAAGUAAAGGUUUAUUUGUAGAUGAAUUGGUUGUCAAGGAUGGCGAGAAACAAAGAACCUUAAAGAAGGAUUAA